AUGGGGCCGGAUUGGUGGAGCAGCGCAGCGGCGGCCGCAGCUCUCGGGCCGGAGUGGUUGUCUAACAUAUUGGUGGCGGCGGCGAACGAGUUCGAAGAGGCAAUGUCGGUGCCACAACUGACCAAUAAGGAGACUGGCAUAGGAUGGGAUGAAUCAGGAAAAAAUAUAGUUAUGCCAGAGAGUUGGUGGAAGGAAACAGCAAGAAAAGUAAAGGGAUGUACUAGAUUUAAGCACAGAGGGCUCCAAAAUGAGGAAAGCUUGGGAAUUAUGUUCGAAGAUCUUCGUAACACCGGGGAUGAUCAUUGGUGUGCUUCUAGUGGUGCAAGACCUUCUCAAACAAAUUUGGAUUGUGAUACUUCUCCCAUUAACCUUGAUGAUGAGGAUGAAGCUGACAAUGACGAUGACAGUGAACCAGAGGAGGUGACACCUACUACUGUGAGAGGGAAGAGAGGUAGAGUGGCUGAUAACAAGAAGGGAAAGAAACCUAAGACAAGUGGAGGUCUUUGGUUUCAAGAACAAAUGGGCAAGAUUGUGGAGAUGAAUGAGCGAACAACUGCAUCCUGUGAGUCCAUUGCGAGGAGGGAGGACAAAUCUGGUUGUUCAAUCCAGGAUGUCAUGGCAUUGGUGAAGGAAUGUGGUGCUGUUCCAGGAACAAAUGAACAUUUCAUUGCAUCACUUGUUUUUACCAAAAAAGCUGAAAGAGAGAUAUCUGAUUAUUCUUCUCAUGAGACUGAUGAAAGUGAUUCAGAUGAUGAUGAAUGGACUGUAAAAACUCUUGCAUUGUUGAGGGGUGCUCAAAAUAUUCAAUUUAUGACUGCUAUGCUUGCUUUCAAAUAUUUCUUGACAUAUCAUGACAAAAAUAAGAAUAGAACUCCAUCACAGAGUGGCUUUGGUUGGACUAUGGAAAAACUUCAGACUUUGGGACAGAGCCUUAAGAUGUUCAGGAUGGACCCACACCUAUUCUACCAGCUGCAUGAUUUGCUAGCGAGUUCAUAUGGUCUUGAGUCAUCUAUGCACAUAAAUUCUAUGGAAUCACUUGCUAUGUUCCUCCUUGUGUGUGGCCAAGGAAAAUAUUACAAUGUUGAUGCUGGGUACCCGAAUAGACCUGGCUACUUGACUCCAUACAAGGACGCAAGGUACCAUGUGCCAGAAUGGAGGAGGGGUCCUGCUCCAAGCGGUGAGCAUGAGCUCUUUAAUCAUUUGCAUUCAAGUCUUCGUAAUGUGGUAGAGCGUGCUUUUGGAGUGUUGAAAAUGAAAUGGAGAAUACUUCUCAAGAUGUCGACUUUUCCAUUGGAGAAGCAAAUGAUGAUCAUUGCUGCAACCAUGUGCCUUCAUAACUUCAUUCGUGAGAACAAUGCACAAGAUAAACAUUUUCGCAAAUGUGAUCGGAAUCUUGAUUAUGUGCCUACUAUACCAUCAAGAUAUGCACGACAUCUUCCUUCCCAAAAUGCAAGGGAUACAUCAACUUCUGAAUCGAAUGAUCGAGCAAUGGAUAGAUUCCGUGAUGACCUUGCAAGGGCGAUAUUUCUGUCUAGAUCAUCAUGA